GGGGCGGGGCGGUAACUGUCGCGAAAGGCCGAGCGGGUAGCAGCUGCUUUCCGGCAGACGUUUUCCGGCCGACCGGCUGAGGCGGGAGGCCGCGGCCGGAGGUGCGAGAGCGUCACGGCGUGCAGCGGAGGGUCGUGGCGGAGGACCGCGGUGCGUGGGUCGCGAUGCCCGGCGUGAAGCUGACUACGCAGGCCUACUGCAAGAUGGUGCUCCACGGCGCCAAGUACCCGCACUGCGCCGUCAACGGGCUCCUGGUGGCCGAGAGGCAGAGGCCGCGCAAGGAGCAUCCUCCCGGAGCGGGCAGCCACACGCUCUUCGUGGACUGCAUCCCGCUCUUCCACGGCACGCUGGCUCUGACGCCCAUGCUGGAGGUGGCGCUCACCCUGGCCCGCAGAGGCGACGCCAUGGGGCUGAAGCCCUCCUGUCUGAAAGGCUUUAAGAUGUGUGUCAGCAGCAGCAACAACAACCACGACGAGGCCCCCGUCCUGAAUGACAAGCACCUGAGCGUGCCCAACAUUAUCAUCACGCCCCCAACCCCGACGGGCAUGGGGCUUUCCCGGGAUUCUAACAAGCAAGUCUGGAUGGAUGAGCUGGGGUCUUAUCAAGACGAUGGAGAGCUGGAACCUGAAGCCUGAAGCGGCGAGACCUGUGUGGCAGCAACCUGCCCCGCUGCCCCGGGUGUUGGGGGCGUGGCUACCUGAGCAGCUGGAUGGGGAACAGCGAAUUGGGUCCUGGACCAAGACAUGGAUGGCCAGAAGAGUACAGCAGGUGGCUGGCCUCAACGGAGCAGACAUCCGUGGCCUCUGAGUCCGCACCAACCCAGACCCCGGCUUGGUGAAGAGGAGGCCACCCUGCCCUACGGUCACCGUGACCAUGGACCUCGGCCCUCGAGGCCCCAGAGCACAAGGACUUCUCGCCAGAGCAGGGCCUCUGUUUUUUACAAGUUGUUUUACAGGUAUGGGACCUACAUCCUGAGCGAGAUUUAUAAAUAAAGCUCCUUUGUGACU